AUGCUCCGCCGCAAACCCACAACCAUAACCCUCACGACCGAAGACGUCGCCGCCUACGACGACGCCCGCGCCGCCACCAACAACCGGCAGGAGAACGUGAAGCCGACGGACGGCGACGGCAAGGUGGAUCCGAACGAUGAGCUGAAGCCGCUGCCGGGGGAUCGGCCGCGGGUGCGGAGUGGGGUGGGGUCUGCUUCGGGGGUGGGGACGGGGAGGGAGGAGAGGAUUGUGGGGCGGUGA